AGGUCUCAAAGACACGCCCACAUGUCUUCCCCGCAUUGUGGACUGAAGCGACGUUAUUUUAACUAAAUUACAGUAAACUGCAAAUGCAGCUAAAUGUGUAUGUUACAGCGUGGGGCUUUACGGCACACAUCCAGUCUGUCCUCGCCUCUGAAACAAAGAAACAGAUGUCAGACGACAGAAGCUAUCGUUAAACCAAACGCCACUCUCGGUUAUUGAGCACGUUAGCUUGUUAUGCUAGCUGUGCUAACCUGUGCAGAAUGAAGAGUUGCAGUGGAAACAGCAGCAUCAUGGACAUGUUCGAAAAGGGCAAAGUGCUGAAAAUAUGUGCCCCAAUGGUUCGAUAUUCAAAGCUUGCAUUCAGGUCCUUGGUGAGGAAAUACGACUGUGAUAUCUGCUUCACUCCAAUGAUAGUUGCCUCUGAUUUCAUGCGAUCUGUCAAAGCCAGAGACAGUGAAUUCACUACCAAUGAGCAUGACCGGCCCCUGAUUGUACAGUUUGCUGCCCAUGAUGCCCAGACUCUUGCUGAUGCAGCCUGUGUUGUAGCACCUUUCUCAGAUGGAGUUGACCUCAACUGCGGCUGUCCCCAAAGAUGGGCUAUGUCAGCCGGGUUUGGCGCAUGCCUCAUCAACAAGCCUGAACUUGUGAAAGACAUGGUCAGACAUGUCAGAAACCAAGUGGACAAUCCAAACUACACAGCGUCCAUCAAAAUAAGAAUUCACAAGGACCUGAGGCGGACUGUGGACCUGUGCCAGAAGGCUGAAUCAGCCGGUGUGUCAUGGAUAACAGUCCACGGCCGUACAUCGGAAGAACGCCACCAGCCAGUCCAUUAUGAUGCCAUAAAGACAAUCAAAGACAGCGUGUCCGUCCCUGUCAUUGCCAAUGGAGACAUAAAGUACCUCCGUGAUGUGGAGUCCACUUACAAGCUUACUGGUGUUGAUGGAGUGAUGGCUGCGCGGGGGUUGCUUUCUAAUCCUGCCAUGUUCUCCGGCUAUGAAGAUACUCCUUUGGAGUGUAUAUGGGACUGGGUGGACAUCUCUUUAGAGCAGGGCACUCCAUUCACCUGCUUCCACCACCAUCUCAUCUACAUGCUGGAGAGGGUUAGCUCCCAGCCUGAGAGAAAAGUGUUCAAUUCUCUAUCCAGUACCUCAGCUGUAAUAGAUUACCUCCAAAACACAUACGGGUCAUUGCAUGAUCUGGGAACAUGAACAUAUUGAAAUGUGAAAUA